UCCUGUCACCAAGGCAUUAAGGUAGCUGCAGGCUCUUUUUGGUGUGACAUCACUCCUCGCUUGACUUGACACCAGAGAGGAGGUUUUAGGGUUUGGGGAACAAGUCCAGGAAGCUGUGUCAACCGAUAAGACAGAAAAGCGAGCAUUCUGUAGGGUGUGUGGCUGUACACACCCGAACUCCUGGACAUGGCAGGUCUCUUUGGUCUGAAGAUCCUGCUCCUCUGGGCUGGAAUCAUCAGUUUGGCAAACUGUCAAGGCAAUCCAAAUGCCUCAGCCCCCUUACCUCCACACACCACAAACACUGCUUCAACCCCACUCACCAGCUUGCCCAUCUACUCCUCAUCUCCACGCACCACGACAGUGGCUCCUGUCAUGUCUUCAAGCACCCCAUUCACUGACCCUCAAACCUUCACUCACCCUCUACUCAAUUCAACCACUGUGUCUGCAGUCACUACCCCUCCUGCAGACACCUUGCCCUCACCCAAAAACCCUUCAUCCAACAAGACAACAGACCCUCAGACAAUCAGCACUCACAACAAGACCUCACCUGCAAACGAGUCCAACACCACAGUGGCUCCUCCCGAAACAGAUUCUUCUUCAGGUCCCCCAAAACCACCAGAACCAACAGCAGCUCCAGGUCCACAAUGUUCCUACACGGUCUCAACCAUAAAGUUUGGCCUCCAGUUUCACAUAACAAGCUCCAUCCCUGGUACCUCCACCAUAAAUGUUACUGAAACGGCCCAUCCUCAGAUAAGAAAGGGAAAAGUCGUUAAGCAUUCCAGCGGAACCUCAUCACAUGAACUCAAAUUCCUGAAGCCAUGUACUGAGUACAAGCAUGCCGUGGUGUUCAGUGACGGUGCUGGCAAUGAAACAAUUUGUGACUCCCCUCAGAACAAAACUACUGAACGCACAAGUGAAAUGAAAGCAGAAGAUGUUAAAGAUGGUAGCUGUGUUAUGUCAGGACACGUUUGUUACAAGAGUGACUGGGACAUUGGCUCUGCAUUUUCACCAUCUAAUAAUGUUCCAGCUAAGCAAUGUUCCAGUGACCCACAAGUUUUCUGCAUCAAACCUGGUAGUGAAGACAUCUGCACAACUUUGACUACAACCUUCAAGUCAGGAAACUGUGACGCCUCCUUCAACCGCACCAAAGACAUCUCUGUUGAGUUUUUGAAUGAAAACAACAUAAACCAGAGUAUCACAACUGGCUUUCCUGCAAAAAUUGAUGCAAUAUCAGCUCCAAACUGUAAAAAUCUCUCUGUUGAUUACAGCUGUCAUGAAAUGGGUCCAUUUAGCUACCCCAGGACAUUGAAAUUGUCAGAGCUGGAGCCUUCCAAAAGCUAUGUCUGUCGGGGUCAGAUCAUCUACAACAAUGUUAACAUAAAAAACACAUCUGUUAUCCACGUCUAUGUAGACUGUGACGAUCUUCAAACAGAAAUACCACGGACAGUGCCAGACCGCAGAUCUGUUGAGAUGAAUUUGACCACAAGCAGCCAGAGUUGUAACUUUACAGGUGAUAGAAAGUUUUCUGUCAUCUGCAGUUGUGGUAAAAAACAAGUCCAGACCACAGGAGACAUGUGUGAAGUUGUUGGACUGGAUCCGUUUACUGACUAUGUCUGUCAGGCCCAGGCCACAUAUGACCAAGUUAAAGUUGGUAAACCAGCAUCAGGUCAACUGAAGACUAAGAGUGACACACCAGAUGAUGUCCAUACACUAUCAGUGAGCAACCCUGAAAAUAAUGUGAUAAGAGUGACCUGCGAACAUUCAGGACAAUUUCAUGGACCUGGAGGGAAAUACAUUGCCAGCCUUUACCAAAGCAGUGCCUUUAUGAUAAAGAAAGAAAAUAAAACGAGCAAAUGCGAGUUUGAAUUCAAAGAUCUGAGCUACCUUGCUACAUACGACGUAGAGGUUACUGCUGUCAACAAAGAUCAUUAUGGCAAUGUGAAAAAAAAGGAAGUCAACACUCUCUACAAUGACAAAGCUGUAAUUGGGUUCCUCAUCUUCCUCAUCAUCCUCACAUCUGUGGCCCUGCUUUUGGUUGUCUAUAAGAUUUUUAUUCUGAAGCGCAGACAGUCUGAGGAUAUGAGUGAGAACAUCAAACUUAUCACAGCAAUAAAUGAUGAGGAGAACCUGAUGCCUGUUGAGCCCAUCGCAGCUGAGCUCCUGCUGGACGCUUACAAGAGGAAGUUGGCUGAUGAGGGUAGACUUUUCCUGGCAGAGUUUCAGAGCAUCCCCAGAAUCUUCUCCAGGUAUGCAGUGAAAGAGGCCAAGAAGUCCUGCAACAGCCCGAAGAACCGCUAUGUGGACAUCCUCCCAUAUGACCACAACCGCGUGCAGCUGACCACUGGAAAUGGAGAGGCAGGCUGUGACUACAUCAACGCCAGCUUCAUUGAUGGCUUCAAGGAACCAAAAAAGUACAUCGCAGCUCAAGGUCCAAAGGACGAGACUGUCGGCGACUUCUGGCGGAUGGUGUGGGAGCAGCAGUCAUCCAUCAUUGUUAUGGUGACACGUUGUGAAGAGGGAAACAGGGUGAAGUGUGCACAGUACUGGCCAUCUACGGUGCAGGAGGCAGAGAUCUUUGAGGAGUUCAUCGUGAAACUGAACUCGGAGGACAACUGUCCAGAUUACACCAUCCGCCGUCUCAGCCUUAUUAAUAAAAGAGAUAAGAACUCAGAGAGAGAGGUAACCCACAUCCAGUUCAUCAGCUGGCCUGACCACGGCGUCCCGGGGGAGCCACAUCUCCUCCUAAAACUGAGGCGGCGUGUCAACGAAUUCAAAAACUUCUUCAGUGGGCCCAUUGUUGUCCACUGCAGUGCGGGGGUCGGCAGGACAGGCACGUACAUUGGCAUCGAUGCCAUGAUGGAGUGUCUUGAUGCGGAGGGCAGAGUGGACAUCUACGGAUACGUAGUCAAACUCCGCAGACAGAGAUGUUUGAUGGUUCAAGUCGAGGCCCAGUACAUCCUGAUUCACCAGGCACUGCUGGAGCACAACCAGUUUGGAGAAACUGAGAUCCUUCUGCCUGAGCUGCACAGCACCUUGAGCACGCUUAAAAAGAAAAGCCCAGACAAUGAACCCAGCUUAAUGGAAGAUGAGUUUGAGAGAGUUCCCAGCUUUAAAAACUGGAGGACAUUUAACACAGGGAUUACAGAAGAGAACAAGGGGAAGAAUCGCUCUUCAUCAGUCAUCCCAUAUGACUAUAACCGAGUGUUGCUGAAGCUUGACGAAGGACGCAGUCGUGACAGUGAGCCUGAUGAGGAUGAGGAGGAUGAGUCAUCGGAUGAAGAGGAUGAGGAUUCAACUAAAUACAUCAAUGCCUCACAUAUAGAUGGCUACUGGGGCCCACGCAUCUUCAUCGCUGCUCAGACUCCUCUGCAGGACACCAUAGCUGACUUCUGGUCCAUGGUUUAUCAGAAGAAAGCAUCCACUAUCGUCAUGCUUUCAGACUGUAGUGAGGGAGAGAAGGAGGCUGACUGCACCUACUGGGACAAAGACAAGAAAACAUUUGGGGAGUUUGAGGUAGAGGUGGUGGGCACAGACAUCACCCCAACUUUCACCACCCGCAACAUGUUGCUGCACUAUGUCAAGAGGAAAGACAGUCGGCCAGUGAAACACUUCCAGUUCCUGAAAUGGGGGAGCAAAGAGGUGCCAGAGAAAGCUCAGGAUCUGACAGAUAUGAUCAAAGAAAUCAAGCACAACUGUGGCAGCAGCAUAUCACAGAGGAACAAUCCCAUCGUGGUCCACUGCAACAAUGGCUCGUCCCGCACCGGGGUUUUCUGUGCUCUGUGGAACGUGCUGGACAGCGCUGAGACUGAGAAGCUGGUGGAUAUUUUUCAGGUGGCCAAAACCCUGCGCAAGGAGCGACAGGGCAUGCUCUCCAGUCUGGAGCAGUACCAGUUCUUGUAUGAUGCCUUGGAGGGGGUCUUCCCUGUUCAGAACGGGGACGUGAAAGCAGCACAGGCCUCUGCAGCCGACUCUGUCCAGAUUGUAAAUGAAACCAAAGAAGCUGCAGCAGCAGAGCAGCCGGCUGAGGAAAAGACCAAGCAGCCAGCCAGCACUACCAACGCCGGCCAGCAGGGUGCAGCAGACAGCGCUCCUGAUGUGGCUGAUGGAGGAAAGGAAGACAAAAAAGAGGAGUCUGAAAAAAUCCCCACAGAGACAACACCUCUAGAGGACAGCAGCAACGGCCCCAUGGUCACUGUGGAGGUGUGAGGCAGCGGGGGGGGAAUUAUGGUGCACAUCUGCGCCUACUACUCUGAAAAUAAGCGCUUCAGCUGAAUGCUUUCUUCUAAUAUAUUUUAUGAAUGUAAAAACAUUGUAAAGAUGUUGCACAGAAUGGUUUGGUUUUGGAUUUGCUGAUGAAUUUGAUCGAAUGUGAAAUAUGAAUUUCUAAAAGUAUGAUUAAAAUUAAGUUAUGAAUAUUUUAGCAGGAAAAGUUUGAAGCUGAAUUUGAUGUCUGCAAGCAGAUUUUAUUGUAAUGCUGUUGUCAAACUAGGAUUCUUUAUUGUAUAGAGACAUCUUAGGGAAAAAACCCAAAGCAAAAAAAUAAUAUUAAGUAGUUCUGUUGUUUUAUAUCCCACUUUAUCGGCAUGUUUUUGGAGUUUUGUUUUUUUUUUUUUUGCUAAGAUAGUAGCUAUGAUACACAUUUUGUAUUUCUGGUAUAGCAGUAAUUAAGAUGUUAUAUUAAAAAUGUCAUAAACUUUCUACAGUAACACUUUGUUGUCUGAUUAAAACAGACUCAAAUAAAGUUUAAUUAAGGUUGA